AUGCCUCUUACAGCUCUGUUCUAUGCCGAGAAAUUUUUGAGCAAAGUGGGAUUAGGGAAAGAAGAUCAUCACUUCUGGAAGCAAAUUGGAAAGGGAUUGUUGUGUACCUACACGCUGUUCGGCGUAGCAUGGCUGUAUAACGAAACCUCACCGUUAGGUUGGUGGACUUUAAAGCCAAGGCCAAAGGAAGAAAAGGAGCUAGCUCACCUAUACGAGCGCCCGAAUUAUCCGUACCCAGGUGACAAGGAGGCCAUGGAAGAAUUCAUCGCUAAAGGUGGGAUGAUUGGGACUGUAAUGGGGCCGAAAGGGAUCAUCGAAACCGAUAAAGACAAUGUUAAUUAUCAGAAGCAAUUGCAGGACCAGAAGUUUGAGCAGGAGGCUAUGAAGCUCUGGAUGAGAAUGAGGAAUGAAGUCGUCUCUGAGCUUCAAGAAAAGGGGUUUGAUGUCGAGUGA